AUGGCAACAAGCCAGCGGCAAGGAGCCGAACAACAUCAGCAAGAGCAGCAAGAAGGGCCAGGUCCUUUAGAGAUAAGCGAAGCAGAGAUGCCGGAGCAGGCGCAGGAUAGUUGCGUAAACGAAGGCUAUGAACGUUGGCUUGCGCAAAGAGCACAGUGGACUUCGGGAAAUCGCCCUGCUUACCCGAGACCACGUAAUUUGCCUCUGGUAACACAUGACAUGGUGCUAGGUGAACGACCUUUCCCACGCGCUGUGCCUUUGGAGGCUGUCGUGGAGUGUCUCGUGGAGCUUUGGGAAGAGGAGGACAGCUGGGACUAA